CCUCUCAUUAGUACAGUGAGCAGCUCAGCAAAGAGUUGGGUAGCUCAGACCAAGGAUUCUGCACUGACCAUCCAUCUAACCUGGACUGUCCAACUGCUCUGGAAAUAUACUUUCAUGUCAUCACCAAGAUUUUUUUUAUUGUUUGGAUAAAAUGUAUUAUUUUUCAAAAACAACUUGCAGCAGCUGAUUCUUUUAUUUUGUGGAUUAACUGAAUAUAUUUGCAUUUUUGGAACAGAAGACACAAAUGCAUAGCAGCUUUUUAAUCUUUUCAUCUGAUUUUUUUUUUUUUAAAACAAAUGUUACUGAUAUUUACAUUUAAUUACAUAGACUUUUUUUUUUCUCCUGCUACAGAGCUGAACUUUUAUGUAGUCUGAGUUUUCCAUUACUCAUGUUUCCUUGCCUGUGAGGACUGAAUGCAAGUAUCAGGUUUAUAAGACAUUGGAGACCUGGCACUGGAAUAAAUAUUCACAUGAAGAUGGGAGGAAAGUCUGAGCCAGCUGCACUUGUAUUUUACUUGACUAUCUUAUGCUGCCUUUCUGAAAAGAUAUGGGGAUUUGGGGAUGAAGAAGAAAGACGAUGUGACCCUAUUAGGAUUUCUAUGUGCCAAAAUUUGGGUUACAAUGUUACAAAAAUGCCAAACCUCGUUGGUCAUGAGUUGCAAACAGAUGCUGAGCUCCAGUUGACAACUUUUACCCCACUUAUACAGUAUGGAUGUUCCAGCCAGCUGCAGUUUUUCCUUUGUUCUGUGUACGUUCCAAUGUGCACUGAGAAAAUUAACAUCCCAAUAGGUCCCUGCGGUGGUAUGUGCCUUUCUGUCAAACGAAGGUGUGAGCCUGUUUUGAAAGAAUUUGGAUUUGCCUGGCCAGACAGUUUAAAUUGCAGUAAAUUUCCACCACAAAAUGACCACAAUCAUAUGUGCAUGGAGGGACCAGGAGAUGAAGAUGUCCAACUCCAUACUAAGGUUUUACAGCCUGGAGAGGAAUGUAAUUCAUUUGGGCCUAACUCAGAUCAGUACACCUGGGUAAAAAGGAGCAUGACCUGCGUUUUAAAAUGUGGUUAUGACGCAGGACUUUAUAGCAGAUUGUAUAAGGAAUUUACAGACAUCUGGAUGGCUGUAUGGGCCAGUUUAUGUUUUAUAUCCACUGCCUUCACUGUUCUCACUUUUCUCAUUGACUCAUCCAGAUUUUCUUACCCUGAGCGCCCCAUUAUUUUUCUGAGCAUGUGCUACAAUAUUUAUAGCAUAGCUUAUAUUGUUAGGUUAACUGUUGGCCGGGAAAGGAUAUCCUGCGAUUUUGAAGAGGCAGCAGAACCUGUCCUUAUACAAGAAGGUCUAAAGAACACAGGAUGUGCUAUUAUUUUCUUGCUGAUGUACUUUUUUGGAAUGGCUAGCUCCAUCUGGUGGGUGAUUUUAACACUGACUUGGUUUCUGGCUGCUGGACUGAAGUGGGGGCAUGAAGCCAUUGAGAUGCACAGUUCCUAUUUCCAUAUUGCAGCUUGGGCUAUUCCUGCAGUAAAGACAAUAGUCAUACUAAUUAUGAGAUUAGUAGAUGCUGAGGAACUUACUGGGUUAUGCUAUGUAGGUAAUCAAAACAUUGAUGCCCUCACUGGUUUUGUGGUUGCUCCACUGUUUACUUAUUUGGUGAUAGGAACUCUGUUCAUUGCAGCUGGACUUGUAGCUCUUUUUAAAAUUAGAUCAAAUCUUCAAAAAGAUGGAACGAAAACAGACAAGCUGGAGAGGCUAAUGGUCAAAAUUGGAGUCUUCUCCGUCCUUUACACCGUCCCAGCUACAUGUGUCAUAGCGUGUUAUUUUUAUGAAAUCUCCAAUUGGGCAGUUUUUCGUUACACAGCUGAUGAUUCCAACAUGGCUGUGGAAAUGCUUAAGAUUUUUAUGUCUCUCUUGGUGGGAAUCACUUCCGGCAUGUGGAUCUGGUCUGCCAAAACAUUACACACCUGGCAGAAAUGUUCAAACAGACUAGUGAACUCUGGGAAGGUAAAACGAAAGAAAAGAACUGAUAGUUGGGUUAAACCUGGAAAAGGGAAUGAGACUGUGGUAUAGUCAACAACUGCACACAACCUGGCUUUCAUUUGAAGGAGAAGCAUUACUCUUAACCAAGUUUUACUUGCAACAUUUUGCUACCUGGUACUGGUUCCCUAGACAACUGGAGGUCAUAUAUGUGUGAAACUGGUUAAGCGAAUAAUACCUGUGAUGAACUAGGGGAGUACACAGCUUGAAGCAAUCAAUUGUUGAAAGCUGAGAAUCCAAAAAACGGUGUUCUUUUUGGUUGAGCUGAAGUCACUGGUUUCAGAUUCAGAGACCUCUGUUUGACCCCACUAGUGACAAACAAAACUUAGUUAUUUGGAGCAGAAAUCUCUUUUGUUAAUUACAUUGUAUUAUGUUGCAUAUUUAUCAGACCUUUAUAGGAUAACAGCAUGCAAGAUACAAUGAUGUACUUAAGUCUUAACAGAUCUUUUAGCUGUCUAACUCAAAAGCUGCUUUUCCAAGACUUCCUUCAACUAAAAGGUGAUACCUGUAAACUGAUGCCCAAAAUUGCAUUUCAGGUUUGGAGAUCUAAAAUUAUGUACAGUAAACAUGCCCCAAGGUAUAUUAUAUAUAUAUUUUUUAAGAUAUAUAUUUAGUAAGAGUAACCACUAAACACUGGAUAUGUUAAAUAGAGUUUGCUCUUUGGUGCCUUUAAAGUGGACUUAUUAUUUAUGUUGCUGCCUAAUCAACCAGAUAAAUGUUCUUAGAAUUUAUCUGGAAACCAAGGGGUUGAACAGAUGGCUAUUUCCUGUGAGUUUAUAACACUAUGCACUAUAUAUGGAAAAUGACAGCCCUAUAGGGGUUUCAAAACAAAAAAAAAAUGGAAACUGAAAAUAAUGCACUAUUUUUAAAUUAGCAGUGGCCUAUUUUUGAGGUGCCAUUUUGGAACAUAGCAAUGAUAAUGUUGGAGACUUAAGUGUUUUCAUUUAUAAAGUUGCAAGUUCUCUAUCUUAUCCCCACUUCUAUGCAUUGCCUGUUUUAUAUAGACAGACUGACUAGCACAUAUUUUUUAUGACUGGAAGUUAAUGUAUUGUUAACACUUUACAAAGCUUCUUACACUAUCCAACAGCUGUCUAUUAAUGCUAACUUCAUUUAUAGACUCUCACAAUAUUUCACGUGUAAUUUUUAUUUCUAAAACAUUUCUGUUCUGGUAAAUGAAUUUGUUCACUAACAAAUUAGGUCUACAGUGCUUGAGAAACGUCCUAUAGUUAUUUUGUAUGCCCCAAAAGUAGUAUAUAUUCCAGGAAUUUAACAGGAAGUUCAGGGGCUAUUGCCCAAAAUAAAUCUUAUUAGCUCCUAAUUAAUAUUUCUUAUUCAUUUGCUCCUGGGAAAUGCCAAGAUAUUACAUAUUAUGUUUAUUUUCUAUAACAAUACAUAUUGAUAUCAGUUACAUAGAAUUUAUUUAUUACAUACUUAGACUGGGCAUUAGUCAAUCAUAAUGUACAAUCAGGAGUGUACUGGAAGUAUAUUCAGGCAUUCAGCCCCUUGUAACCCCUGUCAUUUCCAACUUGCUGACCAUCAGUAAAUUAAAGGGAUACAUUUAAAAACACUUUCCAAUUUACUUGUGUUGUCAAACUUACCUGUUUUUUGCUGUUAGCUUUUGUUAAAGCUUAGCUUCUUUCCAUGAUAGCAUACUCAGGUAACCUCAGGAGCGUGCAUGUGACUUGAGGACUUACUCAAAAGACAUGAGCAUGCCCCAAGCCUUCCUCAGUAUGUUCUUAUGAAAUGGCACUAAGUAUACUAAGAGAAUAAUGUAUAUUUUAUAAUAGGACAAUAUUUUAUAAUUGGACAAUAUAAUUUUUUUAAACAAAUUGGUUAUCACAUUACAUGUGAUCAAAUUCUGAUAAUUAUUCUCUAGCUAUAGCAAUAAUAUUUAUUUUUGUAAUUGGAAAAUUCCAUAAAAAUUAACAUAUUUUUAUGCACAGCUGCAUGAUUUACCUCCUCCUAAAUAUCUGGCUUAUUUUAUAUGAUAUAAGUGUUUGUCAGCCGCUGUAAAAGACAAUCAUAUUUUGUAAUUUAGUGUUAAACUAGAUACAGUUUUAUAUAUUAUUAAUGCUAUGUUACGUAUUCUGUGUAUUUAUUAACAUUUCACUGCACUAGUUAGUGUAAGCACAACAUUACUGCCAACCACUGAAAAAAUCAUUUUAUUAGACUCCUAAACAAAUAUAAAAUGAGAUUUUUUUAAUUGUUGUUUAUAAGACACAAAAAACACAUUUGUACUCUCAACAAAUUUUUAAAAUCAAUGUAUUUAAGAUAUAACUUCCUGCAGUUUGGUAAUUUGCUUUACUCUAGGAUGUUAAAGGGGCAUUUUAUGCAUUUUUUAAUUAGAGGAUAUUGCAAACUGUGAUACACCAGACAUCUAGUGAUUUCUGCAUUCAUUGCAUUAACAGGACUGUGAGUGAUUUAGCUUGCACAGUAGGCUUACAUUUUGUCAGUGUGCAUACUGGGUAUACUAUUUAUAUAAUGGAAUGUAUUGACUUUUCACUUUGAACAUUUUCUACUAAACCUUAAUCUUUAAAAAAGAAA